UGAAUCUUCUUCCUCCGGCGUGCAGGAACUGGCAGCCGGGCGGCAUUGGCGACGAGAUCCUGCAGCGCGCGUCCAUCUCGUCCCCUCCGCGCUCCGAUCCCUUCGCCUCCUCCGCGCCGCCCUCCCCGACUCCCUCCCUGCCCCCAAACCCGCAGUUGUCACGACGCAAGUCCCGCUUUCGCGACGGCCCUACCCCCGAAUCCCCCCACCGGUGCACCACCUCGCCCACCUCAGCGGCGCACUCCCGCCACCGCCGCCAUGCCUCCGCAUCUUCUGCCCCAGCAUUCGCCGCCGAGGGCUUCGACGACGGUGUCGCCCGCCUCAACUCCUUCCUCCGCCGCCAGCGCGCCGUGGUCGACGAUCUAGCCGCAGGGGACCGCCCCGCGUCCAGGCCCACCAAGCUCGUGCUCUCCGACGCCUCCAAAAGUGUGAGCUCGAUUGUGGCGGCGCUAUGCUACGCGUGGAUGCUGUCGAGCAAGGGGGAUGGCCAGGCAGCAGUGCCGGUGGUGAACAUGCGUCGGAACAGGAUGGCGAGGUGCAGGCAGGCGGCUUGGCUCCUCUACCAUGUCGGGAUUGACGCCUCUGUGCUGCUCUUUGCUGACGAGGUUGAUAUGGAUGGACUAAUAAUGAACCAGCGAGUUAGCUUACUUGUGGUGGGGCAGGAUGUUCUGAAAUCAAAAGCUGAGGUGAGCUCGGUUUGCACAAUCCUGACCAAUACCUAUUGUGAAUAUGCUUAUAGCCUACUUCAGAGCUUGGACAUAAAGAAACUUUUGCUAGCAGGUAUCCUAUUAGAUACGAGCAACCUUUCCAAGAAGUGCACAAACAGAGAUUCAGAGGCUGUUCAAUUGCUUUUGUUCGGUGCAUCUGAGCGUAUGAGGCACGAGUUGUUUCAGCAAUUGAUGCUCGAUCACAAUGAUCACUCUUUUGUUGAGUACCUAAAGAACACCUACAGAAGUUCGACCACAGAUGAUAAUGAUGAAAGUCCUCCAGAGCAAAAACGUUCUACUUCAGCAUCAGGAUCAUCCCAAGAUGCUAAGAAAUCAAAUUCAACUAACCAAAGGACAACACGUGGAAGUGGCAGAAAGACUGCAGAUGAAGCUUCUCGUGGGAAAAACAACUUUUUCUUGGCGAAAUGGUUUGGUUUUGGCCGAAAAUAACCUUUUGUCAUUAACAUAGUUUGACGGUCAUUUGACUGACAUGUCAUGAAUUUGAGAAGUACCAUUGUUUCGAGAAAGUACCAUGUGAGAACUCUCUCCAGAUUGUGUUCAUGUAAAACCCCUAUUGCAUUCUUUGUAACUAUUUAAACUAGCCAUUUGGCCAGAUAAAUUUACAUUCCCAUGUUUACAUAUUUUGACCUC